UCAAAAAAAAAAAUCCCCAUCCUCAGUUCCCCUCCCCUCGCGCAAAACCCUAAUCUCGCCGCCUCGCCGCGCACCACCGACAUGACCGAGAUCCAGCACUCCGACCUGGGGGAGAAGGCGAGCCUCGUCGCAGCGGCGGCGGCGGCCGGGGAGGAGCACGAGCGCCACACCAGCGACCUCCUCCGCCGCCGCGCCAUCCGCCUCCGCCGCGCCGAGCUGAGCAAGCUCGGCGAGGACCCGGAGAGGGACCGCAGGGACCGGGAGGCCACGCUGAUCAUGCUCACACUCCUCCUCGCGCUGGCGAUGCCGAUCCUCCUCUGGCUCUCCGCCGGCGAGGCGCCGGCGCCGCUCCUCGUGUGGAGGCUCUCCCUCCUCCUCUCCACCUACUUCUUCCUCUGCGCCAACGUCCUCUUCGUCACCAAGAGCUUCUGCGCCAUCGUCGUCGACGUCUACUUCGGCGCCCUGCUCGCCUACUACGCCGACCACGUCUUCGGCACAAGAAUCGGGACGGUCACAAUCUACCUCAACUCCAUCUUCACCGCGGCCUUCGCCGGCUACGCCCUCGCUGAGCGCCGCCGGAGCGACGGCACCGAGCAAUCCGCCGACAACGUCCCCGCCUUCGCCGACGAGGAGGAGGAGGAGUACGCACGCGCCGUGCUCAUCUCGUCGGCGGCGGUGAUCUCCAUUACUUUGCUUUUUCCUACCGCCUAUGUUUCUUGGAUGAUUUUGUGGCCGUACGCCACCACUGAUGAUGAUGGUUUCCGUGUGGAGGAUGUUCUGCGUGAUCUUUCUUAUACCAUCUUGGCUUAUCUCUUCUUCGCGACCACUUUGGUCACGCGGCACCUCUUGCGAGGGGCUCUUCUUGGAGAUGGGAGAUUUUACGUUUUUCUCGUCGUGUUCUCCAUCAUCACAGUUUUACCUUUGUUUUUCGCUGGUAUUUUCGGCGAUAUUGCUGGGAUCGUCGUGAUUUGGCUCGGUAUUAUAGCGCUCGCUGUCUUGUUUGGAUAUUCCGUCAGCAUUUACUCUUACUACACCCAGAUUCAGACGAUGAGGAGCAGCCAGCCACCGUCUGAGAAGGCGGAUGCAGCGAAGCAAGAGCUUGAUGAGAUCAGCGGGGAUAAGCUGGAGCACUCAUCUUCCCCAGCAGCAUCAACCCACGUUCACAGCAACCCGCAUUCAUCUGCAUCCUCGUCAGCUGAGGGUUCGCCAUCAACCCACCACUAGAUCGAUCGAAGAUGAGAUCGGCCCGGAGGAGCAGAGCGGCUAGUAGUAGAAGAUGAUUGCGCAGUAGUAGACUACUACCUCUGUUGUCAUUGCGGCUUUUGUGCUUCUGCGUCCUUUAUUAGCACUAGUAUCCACUAGUUCUAGUAGAUCUAGAUCAGUAUUACUACUGUUAAUCGUAUGCCUUACUUUGGAGUACUCACCACUAUGAAUGAUUGCAGCUACCUUAAGUGUAAUGCUUAAUUACUGAGUGUGACUAUAAGCAUGCUAGCUAGUACUACUAUGCUUACUAUGUUUGA